CAGCGGAUCGGAUUCACCAGUGGAGCGCUGUCUCGUGCUCACUGCUCACUACUCUGGCAGCGGCGCUGUCCCGUGAGAAGAAAAUAUCCCCCGGGCUUAAAACAGUCGCUAAAUACCUUCUUCUUUUAUCCACGUUUUGCUAACAAUGUGAAUAUAAUGGCCGGAGCAAGCUCUGAUUGGGUAGAGAUCCUGGAGCCGCGCUCGCGGGAGCGCAUGUACGUCAACCUGGCCUCCGGAGAGUGCGGCUGGGAGCCUCCGCUGGGAGCCCCCGUACGGCAGGCCGACGGCAACCAGUGGUGGGAGCUGUUCGACCCCCAGAGCGGACGCUUCUACUACUACAACUCGGUGGGCCGCCGUACCGUCUGGCACCGGCCCCAGGGCGGGGACAUCGUGCCCCUCUCACAGCUCCAGGCCAUGAAGCGCUCCAAGGAGGCCAAGCGCGCCGGCGCACUGCCCCCGGACCGGCAGCAGCCCCCGCAGCACGGCUCCCUGGGCAGCACCGGGAGCCAGGAACACCGGGCCCCGCUGGGCGAGCAGCCCCGGGACGGCCCGCCCCCCAGGGCCCCGGAGAGCCCCAGCGAGAGGGAGGAGCCGGACGCUGAGCUGCCGCCGGUGGUGGCGGGGGCGGCGGCGGAGAGCCGUUCCCAGGGCGACGGCAGCAGCAGCACCGAGUACAGCACUGACGGCAAGGAGCCCCUGAGGGACACUACUCAAAGAUGGCAGCCCCCACCAGGCUCUAAGGCGGCCAUGUUGGUGAAGGUCAACAGUAUGAGCAGGAGCCAGGCCAGUCCCUCAGUGCAACCGAACGCCCAGCCCAGCACACACAUCAGCAAGGCCAGCGCCUUCACACUUCACCCCGCCGGCAGCAAGUCUCCAGGAGGACACCUGGGCACCGCCCAGGGAUACAAGACCACGCCCUCGGGCAAGAUGACGUCGGACCCCCGCCAGGCCCACCACCUGAGGAAAGGCAGCAACGGUAGCUUCUGCCUGGUGAUGACUGAGGGCGGGCACCCCAGCCCCCUGCUGCUCAGGUCCCAGAGCAGCACGCCGCGCCCCGCCUCCCCCCCCUACGGCUCCACCGCCCCCCUCUACGACGACCCCGUGACCGAAUGCCCCAUCUACGACGAGCCGCCCAUGGACAUGGAGGUGGAGGGGGCUCACCUCCACAACAACCCCAGCCUGCCCCGCCUGACACCCACACACAGUCUCCAGAAGACGCGGCUCCUCCAGCACCCGGGCCCCCCUCACAUGGGGGCCAGGCACAAGAGGAACCCCUCUGAGUCGGACUACAGCCCAGCCGGCCUGGAGUGUAUCAAGCACAUGGUCAACGUGGACCCCAAACAGGGGACCCUGUCCCAGGUCUCCCCUGGCUCUACUCGCUCCCCGUCCCCGACCUCCAGACCCGAGCCUCCGCCGUCCCAGCACCCGGCCGGGCCCCAUCCCCACCAGGCCCCGAGGGGCCCCUCCAGGGACAGGGAGCCGGGGACCCCGGGGCCCAACACCCUGGAGAAGAAGCAGAGCUGGCGGGCCCUGGAGGCCACCGUGCAGCGCGCCAUGGAGGCCCGCCACAGCCGACAGAGCAGCCAGGCGUCCCAGGACUUCCCCCCGUCCACCCCGCAGCCGCCCCCCCUCUACCAGGACUCGGGCUACUCCACGGGCCCCUCGCCCAGCCUGAGGAGGAAGAGCCGGAGGAGGACGGGGGCGGCGGGGGCCGCGGGGACGGGCGGCCGGCCCGGCUCGGUGGGCAGCAGCGGGGAGCUGUCGGCGCUCAACGAGCGUCUGAUGGCGGAGAUGAGGGAGGUGGUGAGCCGCUCCAACACCAUGAGGGAGGUGCGGGCCGGGCUGGACCCGGAGCUCGGGGAGAGAGUGGGGGUGGUGAUUCCCCGGACGCUGUCCCCGGUGGACGGGGGGGCGCGCUGGUACGGCGGAGGUGGCGCAGCGGGAGGGAGCGCGUCGGCCGGCAGGGGCUCCUCCAGGGAGGACCUGACCGGAGCCGCGCUCGCCCGGUCGAAGAGCAGGGCGGGUCACCAGAGCAACCCGGCUCUGAGCCCCCUGGAGCUGCCAGGCAGGCAGAAGAGGACCUACGAGAAGGUGGACACCCUGGAGAAGAGCAUCACCAGCCAGGCCAGCCUGUCUUCACCGGAGACCCCAGGACCUGCCUCACAGACGGGCACCUUGGAGCUGCAGGGUCAGCUGGAAAGCAGGAAGAAAGGCAUGGUGGACGGCCGCACCGCGUCCCUGGGCCCCCACCGGCCGGCCCCCCACGACAACCGCGAGGCGGGCGACGGGGGUGAGGGCCGGCCCGGAGGCUCCACCUACACGCUGUCCUACGCCUCCCUGCGCCAGCCGCCGCCCCCCGACAUGGGCAUGGAGGACUGGGCCAGCAAGCACCUCAACAUGCACACGCAGGGCCUUUUCCGCCGCCGCGUCUCCAUCGCCAACAUGCUCUCCUGGAACCGCGGCUCCAUCAAGAAGCCCAUGCUGGUCACCAGCAACCGGGCGGUGCGCAAGGAGGCCUGCGAGAUGUUCAAGCUGGUGCAGGCGUACAUGGGCGACCGGCCCUCCCGGCUGGGCCGACGCCACUGCGCCCUGCUGAUCGUCACCAAGUGCUGGGACCUGCCCGGCCUGCGGGACGAGCUGUACGUGCAGCUGGUGCGCCAGACCACGGGCAACACCAGCCCCCGCAGCCUGGCGGCCGGCUGGGAGCUGAUGGCGGUCAGCCUGGCCUUCUUCGCCCCUUCGCCCAAGUUCCGCUGCUACCUGGAGGGAUACAUCCAGAGACACACGGAGCCCAGCAGCGACAAGAAAUGUGAGUCUCAGACUGAGCAACAUGUGACUCAGUUCAUCUUGGAACAGCAGGAGCUGAAGCUUAAGAAGAACUCAAAGUCCAGGAAGAAGCGCAAACAAAACUCAGAGGAUGAAGAGGGUCUUCCCAUCAGCACCUACGCCAAGUUCUGCUACCGGAAGCUGCAGAAGGUGGCCAUCACAGGGGGCAAGAAGGGCCUUCGUAAGCCCACCCUGGAGGAGAUCGACCACAGCAGGCGGGCCAUCGUCACACCCUCCCUGUUCGGCAGCUCCCUGGAGGAGGUGAUGGAGAGGCAGAGCGAGCUCUUCCCGGACAGGAAGCUGCCGUGGGUGCAGGUGCAGCUCUCCCAGUACGUCCUGGCUCUGGGCGGGGCCCAAACAGAAGGAAUCUUCAGGGUCCCCGGAGACAUCGAUGAGGUGAACGCUCUGAAGCUGCAGGUGGACCAGUGGAGGAUCCCAGAGAACCUCUCAGACCCCAACGUCCCCUCCUCUCUGAUGAAGCUGUGGUACCGGGAGCUUGAGGAGCCCCUGAUCCCCAUGAACUUUUACAAGCAGUGUGUCAGUAACUAUGACGACCCCAUGGCGGCCAUCGACGUGGUGCAGUCCCUGCCCGAGCUAAACAGACUGGUGCUCUGCUACUUCAUCCACUUCCUGCAGGUGUUCGCUCAGCCCGCCAACGUGUCCGUCACCAAGAUGGACGUCAACAACCUCGCCAUGGUGAUGGCUCCUAACUGCCUUCGGUGCCAGUCUGACGAUCCACGCAUCAUCUUCGAGAACACACGCAAAGAGAUGUCCUUCCUGAGGAUGCUCAUCGUCCACCUGGACACCAGCUUCAUCGAGGGCGUGGUGUAGACUUUGGUUUCAAAGGAACACACACACUCACACACAAUAUACACACACGGUCUCCAUCAGCUGGAGGAAAUGCAAAUAAACAUAAAAACACUGUCUACAAAAGAAAACCACACUGGAAAAUGUUAAAGGGGAAGGAGGGAAGAGAGUGGUACAAUUUGGCAUGGUCUAGCCACACUGUCUGUACUGUAUCUUUGUAGCCAGAUGGUCCUGCGUGGAUACUGCAUAGUAGUACACACUUGACAUGAGGCAUCAACCACAUUCACACAGAGUCCACAGUUUCACUGUGGGAGCACUUCAAGAGGAACUGUGGUGAUUUACUCUGAACAGGUUUAAUAUGUCUUUUAUUUUCAAAUACUUUUUUUGCUGCAUGUGAAAAACAACUCUGUUCCAAUUUCCUAAUUUCUCAGCAGAAAUGUACCAUUAAAUUGGUCAACUGGGCUAUAUUCAAUUAUAUGUAAAUGUUAAUCAUUAGAAGGUUUAAAAGAGCUAGCGUUAAUUGCCUUAUUUAUAUUUAGAUGUCAAAUGUUGACACUUGGCCUUUUUCUCUGGUUAAAUGUAUUUUUCAUGAGUGUGUGUGUGAGUGCAUGCAUGUGUGCAUACAGAAAUGCUAAAUGUUCAGUGUAAGGGUGAAAGAUGCAGGAUUAAUGAAUUCUGUAUAGAAAUUUUAAAAACAAUUCUGAAAGAGUGAUAAAGUCAAGUCUUUGAUUAGCUUGCCUGCAAUGUUUUUUAACCACUGCAGUGAGAGAAGCCUAUCAUCAUUAUGUUCAUUUGAACAUCACUAGUAGCACCACCACCACUGUUUUAACACAUUGUACAGAGAGCCGCUUAUUUAAAACGCAUGCAGGAUGAUGUUUUAAGGCUGUCUUGUUUUUUCUAAGCGCUUUUAAACAGUUCAGCCACAACUACAUUGAAGCGUAUCGGUUUUAAACCUCUUGACACUGUAAGAGAGAUGGGGAUGGAGAUACAGCCUAUGUGUAGUGAAUAUGAACUUGUAUAGUCAUCUGUUAAUAAUCUUUUCUUUCAAAUAUCUGUGUGUGGUUUCCCUUAACCAGAGUUCUCAGUUCUUCUCUUUGUGGCCUGUUGUUGUGACUCAGGUCCUAGCAUUAAAACGGGUGUCGGAGUAGUACUCUUCCACAGUCGGAACAUGUCAUUUCUCCGCCCCCUCUCCCCAAACCGAGAUGGGGUAUUUUUCAACUGUCGGGCACUAUGAACUGUAGAUAGGACUCUUUUUGUCCCUCCCUUAUCUCAGGCUUUGGCAAUGUAAAUAAAUAAUGACUGUAAAUAUUAUUAAUUCUAGUUGUGUAAUCCAAUAAAGGGUAAAGGUGAAACUUCCUGUUUCUGAAAAUAGUAAAACUAAAAAAACUUAAUGUGUGGGCUGUUUUGUAAUUAAAAUAAAUGUCCCUGCUGUGACGUCCCACCUUUGGAACUAAUACUGAAUCAAACCACUAUCCAUGUGUGUAUGUUGGCAUACCCUGUUGUUAAAGUAUGGAAUGAGUGUUCAUAAAUAAAGCUUUGUUCAAUUGACAAAAAUCCAUGUUUGUGACUACAUUUUCAUGUGUGCAACUCGGUUAUUAUAAGAAGUGUGUAAAGGUAAUUAUAUGCAUUUUAAAAGGUUUAAUGUCUUAAAAAAAACAGGUGUGUUCAGAUAAAUAGAUAUUCAUUGUUGAUGGGUAGAUAUCUCUGAUAACGCUAUCAUUACUAUGAGGAGAAUUCUAGUGUUACAGAAGCAUUUUACAGAUAUAAUGCAGUGCAAAUUAUGCAAGAAUAU